AUGUCGGCCCCAGCAUCCCCUAAACCAUCUUUUGAGUCUGAGGAUCGCCCCGGCUCCUGUGAAACUACCACUCAGGUCCCAGGAUCGAACCAUCUCCCGAGCGUGGCAUUCGAAGAUAACCUGGCUAGCGGACCACGCCGGAAGUCAAUCCAAUUCCAAGUGGGUUCUGAGGCGAAGCUACCUACCCGCUCAGUGAGCUUCAAAGAUAAGCGGCGAUCCCACGUGGAUGCGUCAACCAAGGACUUGGAAGUGGAGAAAGAACAACGCCCCUUAUCAACUGUUCGAGGCCCAUCUCCGCCACCGCCAAAGACGUUUGAGAGAGGCGUGUCUUUCAACACGUUCGACAACCGCGAUGCUGCUGAUUUCACUUUGACCCUCAACUACAAGCACAAGGGCUACCAGAGCACCCGUCGAAGCCGGACUUUCUUGUGUGGCACCGACACGAACGACUACUCUGAUUUUGCCCUGGAAUGGCUUGUCGAUGGGAUUGUCGAUGAUGGCGAUGAGAUCGUUUGUUUGCGUGCGGUCGAGAAGGACUCGCGCAUGGCAAGCGAUACCUCUAUCGAAGAGGGCAAAUACCGGAAGGAGGCGGAGAAGCUUUUCGAACAAGUGAUUCAGAUGAACAGCCAGAAUGACAAGUCAAUAAGCUUGGUUGUUGAAAUGGUGGUGGGGAAGGUUGAAGACAUUAUCCAGCGCAUGAUUCGGAUCUACGAGCCCGCCAUGUUGAUCGUUGGUACCAGAGGCCGGAAUUUGAAGGGUGUCCACAGUCUCUUACCCGGAUCCGUGUCCAAGUAUUGCCUUCAACAGUCACCGAUCCCGGUGGUCGUUGUCCGCCCAACCCCGAAGCGAGAAAAGAAGAAGAAGAAACGCCGUGCCGACCCAACCCGUAAGAGCUACAAUCAUAUACUGGAGAUGAGCGACCGGCGUGGUGGGCGGAUCUUCAAUCCUAGCUCUAGCACCGAAAGCAGUACUUCUAUGCUUCCAGACGAAGAAGCAGCGGUGGCGCGAGCACUGGGGCUUCCAGCAACCUACUCGAACAACCAUUCACGCAGCUCUCUUUCCAUUUCGGAUCGCAGCAGUAUAGGGGCCGGGGACGGCGAGAACCUUCAAUCCCUGGAUACGGUAUUAAUGAAGAGCCCGCAAGCUGAGAGCCCGGCAAGUUCAGUGGAAAGUGUUGAUUCUACGGCCGUGCCGAAGAGGGCACCGUCGCCAUUCCCCCACGAUGAGACAUCUUCUGUCGUGGAUGAUCAUGAUCCUGAUGAUGAAAACCCGUCUAGCAAUCAAAUAGAGGACACCACGGAGGAGAGUGCUGCGAGCACACCUGUUGAAGAUGCAGAAGAUAAGACGCCCGAGGCGUCACCCUCAUUGCCAAUCCCCGUGAUCGAGGUGUCCAAUGAUAACGAACCCAAACCCAAGGCCGACGACAGCCAUGACAACGAAAAAACACAGGAUAGGGGUGAAACUGGUCCAGAAGAGGACUAG